UGGAGCAAGGAGCCUGGCAGAGGAGUGGUGUGUGUGAGGAUGCUCUCCUCUCAGUCCUCAGAUGCUGGCUGAGGUGCAGGGGGAACCCCCCAACCCGGACCUUCUUCAGAGGCGGUGCUGUGGCUGUGUCAGAAAGCCAUCCUCAAGAAAGGCAAAGAAGAAAGGCAUAUUCUGGGGCAUUGAAGUGGCAGAAACACUCCAAUGGCGUGGCUGGGAGCUUGGAAAAGAGGUGAUCAAACAUCUGGUUCUGAAAAAUGUUCAUGAGAAAACCCAGAAGCUGAGCUACAGAUGUCCUUCCACGCGCUUCUUCAUCACUGUUUUUCCCCAGCCAAUUGCCCUGAGCCCUGGCAUGUCCUUAACCCUGCCCAUCAUUUUCCGGCCCACUGAAAAGAGGGACUACGAAGACAGCAUCUGCUUUCGGAAGGCUGAGGGUGAGUUCUCUGUCGCCCUGCGUGCUGUGAUUCCACGUCCCUGCCUGUCCUUCCCAGCUGCUGUCCAUUUGCCUCUCUGUGCUGUGCACAGCACCGUGGAGACAACAUUCACUGUGCGCAAUGUGGGUGACCUCAUCACAGUGUUUGCCUGGGAGACACCCAGCCCCUUCUACAUGAUUCCUGAACACGGCAUGCUGAACGCAGGUGCUGAGUGCACCAUUAAGGUGCUCUUCCAACCCAAGACAGCUGCAGUGUGCAACGUAAUAGCAACGUGUUUGUUUGGUGUUGAAGAAAAGCAAAAGAGAACCAUGCAGCUUAGAGCCCAGGCCAAAUACCCCUAUCUGCAAGUGAAUGUGCCAGGGGAACAGCACAAAAGCGGACAGCCUGGCAAGUUACAGGAUGUGCUGUGCUUCGGGUCGGUGCCAGUAGGCACAAGAGUGGAGAAGUUUGUAGAAAUCCUCAACAUGUCUGUGGUUGAUGCACCAUGUACGAUAGAAAGAGCAAAAGACCCUCUGCUCCUAGAUCACGUCUUCUCCUGCAACGUGUCCCAUGCUGUUGUCCCUGCCAAAGGGAAGCUGGCCUUGUGCAUACAGUUUCAGCCACAGGCAGUAGGAGAGCACAGCACAGAUUAUUUCACUGUCACACCCACUGGGUGCCUCCAGCAGACCGUUCUAAAGAUGGUUGGCUCAUGUAAAGGCCCAUGUGUAUCUCUGCACCAAUCCUCUGUAGACUUCAACUGGAUCAACCUUGGGGAAAGCUCAAUGCAGACGCUGAAAAUCAGCAAUGUCUCAGACGUCCCUGCGUACUACCAGUUUGAUAUUGAUGGCAGAGGGAGUGUCUUCUCUUUGGAUCGCCCCUGUGGGGUCUUGGAGGGCACAACAACCCUCGUGCUGAAGGUGAUCUUUUGCCCUGCUCACCCCAUCAGCUGCCACCGCAGAGUGGUGUGCCUCGUUCAUCAUCAGGGACCCCUUUAUGUGGACUUCUUUGGUACCUGCCAUUCAGACACCACUAAGCCAGCCAUCCUGCAGGCGAGACACCUCUCCUGGUACCGAACCAACACGGUGAGGGGGCUGACCUUCUAUCCCCCUGAUAUCCUGAGCAUGAUGCUGAAGGAUGGGAAGUUGCAGAUGGAUGAGAAGAAGGCCCUCAUGCUCCUUCCUCAGAUCCCUCUGGACGAGCCCCCCAAGGAAUACACCGAAGCCAGCUCCAUGAGUGAAUAUUUCUGUGAUGGCGUAAGCAGCGACCUGGCCUUGUUUCCGCCUCACGUUAGUGUCAGCCCCAGGGAGCAUGAUUUUGGGUGCUGUGUGCCACUCCACAAGGCAGAACCACUUCCUCUCUGUGUCACCAACCACACCAAAGGAAAGAUCACUGUUGCCUGGACUCCAAGCCAUGGCAGUGCUUUCCAAGUGACCCCCGAAAGCUGUGACAUCCCACCUUUGAAGUCUUCAGCCUUCCGUGUCCUUUUCCAGCCCACCCAGCUCAACAGCCUUUACGCCGCAGAGCUGGAAGGUUUUGCCUUCUACAAGGUUCUGAGACAAUACAGCAACAUUGAGGAGGAUGCCACCAUCUGCCCACCCUGGUGCCUGACCAUCAGGCUGAGGGCACACACGUAUGAAGCAAAACGGGAGCACUUCAUCCCACAGUACCUCUUAGAUGUCCCCAAGACUUUUCCUCCUGUGGCUUCUGACACGGACACCUACUGCAGUGCUCUGCUCUCAAACACAGGCACCUCAAUGAUAACCUUCAGCAUGAACCAAGCUGCUGGUCCCUCUGUUUUGGUCAAGCCCCACUCAGGACACAUCAUGCCAGGAGACCACCAGAUUUUCUUUCUCUCCACUUGCCCAGUUAACACUAUAUCACAGCAACACACCCUGUCCUUGCAGCUGAACUCCUAUCCAGGGUACACUAAGGAGAUCAUGCUCCGGAGUUGUGCAGAGUCCCUUCUCUUGCUCUUAGAAGGUGAUGGUAAUCUAUACUUCAAGCCUGUUUGCAUAGGGACCUCCUCAACACAAAGGUAUACCAUAAAGAACUGCACAAGGCUACCCAUGGCCUUCACAUGGAAGAUCCACCACUCUGACAGCAAGCUCCUGUCUGUCAGACCAGCAGCAGGGCUCCUCCAGCCCUAUGAAGCCAUGGCUCAAGCAUGGACUUUUACCCCUGACAACGUGACCAAGUAUCUCCUGCGAGCUGCAGUGUUUGUGGGUUGGGAAAGCCCAGCACCUGUGUCACCCCAAAGCAUCCAUUAUAAUUUAAGGAUUGUUGGAGAGGGGGCACUAGGCACCAUCAAGGCACAAAAGGAACACCUGGACCUUGGAAAUGUUCUGGUUGGCAAUCUGAAAGACUGCAGCAUGGUACUUCUGAACGAUGGGAUCUGUUCUCUGCAGUACAUCCUCAGCGUGGAACAGCUCAUCACUGGGCUUUGUGACCCCGAGGAAGUCUGCAGUGAUCCGAUGGCUUUGGAACUGGAACACUCCAGAGGGACAAUCCCUGCAAGGUCAAAAGCUUUUGUGCGAGUAACAGUCAGGCCAGCCCGGCAGCUGCACUACACCUGGUCCAUCAGCUAUGCAAUCUGCUCCCCCGCAGUUCCAGAUCUUGCAAGUACAAAAGCAGAGCAGCGACUCCUCUGCUGUAUAGAAGCAACAGGCGUCCACCCAACGUUCCACAUCGCUGACGCCUGCUCAGCAGGGAGUGCCAGCGGCAUCAGCAGGCUGCUCCUCUGGAGGCUGCUUUCCCUGGACACACUGAAUGAAUACCUGCAGCGAGACCCGGCUCCCAGUGAGCUCACCUGCAGUGUUCCCACAAGGCACAGCACGUACUUGAUCCCCCCCAUAUACACACCUCUCCUGCUGGAUUUCAACUUUGGAGCUGCCCCCAUAGGCUCAGAGCCUGCCCUUGUGAUGCUCCUGCUGGUAAACAAUGGUGUGGUGCCUGUGGAAUGGGCCUUCCUCUUUCCUUCUGAUCAGAAGAUGGACAUGGAGCACUGGGCAGAGGAUGCAGAUCUCAGCCCGCAGGAGCUGCAUCAGAUGAGAAUUCAGGAUAAUCAGCUCUUCAGCAUUUCCCCAAAGUCAGGGAAGCUUCUUCCAGGACAAGAGGAAGCUGUCCAGCUCUCACACAGACACGAUUUCAUUGGCACCGAUCACCUGCCUGUGUUGCUGAAGGCUUCCUACGGCCAUGAGAUUCUGCUGAACUUCAGAGGUGUGACGGUGGAGAGGGAGCAGCGAUACGUUCAUUUUGCUUCCUCCAAGCAUCUCUUCAUGCCCAUUGCCAUUGGGACAUCCCACCCCCCCAUACAGAUUUAUGAACUUUACAACGGGAGCUCCACAACAGUGAUGUUCGAGGUUCAGCUGGACAGCAUCAUGAGGGUGCAGAAGGACAAUUAUCAGCAUCCUGUAUUUAUCUGCUUGACUCCUAGAGGGGAAAUCGCCCCUGGCACUACAGGUCAUAUUGAGUGGAUCUUCUCACCACUGGAAGCCAGAACAUACUUGGUUGACGUUCCCAUCCACAUCCUGGGGGGUGAUUCAGCUCUGAUCACCUUCCAGGGAGAAGGCUACGAUCCAAAAGCCACAGAAGAGAGCGCCACUUUCAGAGAAGUUUUGUCCCCUUCAGUCAUUCUGCGUUCCACCAAACUAACCGUGACUGGGCAGGCUGCCUCCUUAUCACACCACAGGAUUUGCAUUGGGAAUAUCCCAAAUUGCACCAGAGCCAGCCAACUGGUCUUUCUCAAUAAUAUCUCAGAGAGCAAGGCAGUUGUGUUCACCUGGAGGACAGGCAGUGUGAAAGACAGUGAGGUAUUGCAGGUUGCCCCAGAGCAGGGAGUUGUGCAGCCCGGAGGGAGCACCCCCUGUUUCAUCACUCUGCAGCCUUCAGGGAGAGUGUCCUUCUACAGCAUGGACCUGGUGUGUGAGGUGUACAUCCAGGAGUCCCUGGUUCAGUACGAAAAGGACCUGCAAGACUGGGAAAGGGAAAAAGAACAGCAGGCAGUGGAGUUCACCAUCACAGAGCAGGACCUCAGGGCUGAGAAGAAGCCCAGGCCACCUGUUGGGAAAUCAUCAGAAUCUGCUGAGAUAGAAAAUCUCCGUGAGCCCUUAGCAGUGGUCAGGAAAUUCAAGACACUGCCCCCCAUUAGUAACCACCGUGUGGCCAACCUGCCUGCGGGGCACUUGCAGAGAAGGCUGAUGUCAGACAAAGAAGCCAGCCAUGUGUGGGUCAAGCCAAAGCCUCCCAGGCCCAUCCUUUUACACCUUGAUGUGACAGCAAGGUCCCACUCUAUUGAGGACUUCUUCAGCAACUUUGCCUCGGAGUUCCCGAAAUACUUCUUGCCCUGCCCCAGCAUCCACCAGCUGCCAUCUGUGGAUAGGAGUGUGGACAGAGAUAGGAUGGAGAUGGACCACAAAUGGUUGUCCCUGGCUACUGCUUCCAAAGAGGAGCUGCAGAUAGUGGUGGACAUGCUGAUAGGUGUCAUCAGGGGCCUUUUGGAGAACACCCAGUUCCAUGAUGCGGUGAGGAAAAGCCUGCAGGAGCCCAUCCCAUAUUUCUCCCAGUUUCAGCAUGAAGAAACAGCAAAGAUCCAACACAGAGGACAGUGCUCCACCAUCCCCUCUGGGCUCUCUGCUUCCCCAGAUCUUUUCACCGAGGAGAAUGGAGAGAGAAAAGAAAUGAGCCAAGAAUCCUCUCCUAGCAAUGAUUUUCUGGGCUCCUGGGAGGGGCUGAGUGAAGUUUUUCAUCAUGAGAGGCUGAGGGAGCAGAAGGCGAUGAUGAAGGGCCAGCCUUCAGGAGUCUGGUGGAGAUGGUGCUGGAAAACACACUGCAGAACAUCCUGGUGGAAGCCAGCUGUGGGGAGGUGGUGCUGACAGCCCGGCCCAGGGUCAUUGCUCUGCCCCCCAGCCCCUUCCGAAGAAUCGCCACUCCAGCACUCUAACCUUCAAGAGCAUAGCUGUGGCACAGCAUGCUGCUUGAGCUCUGCAGGCACAUCGCAUCUCUACUCUUCAUCCCAUCCCCAUGAUGUCCAGAGCUGCUCCAACCCUCCCACCCCAAGACUUGAUGCCAGCACGCUGCCUGCCUCCAAGGCUGUACAUCCUCAACAUGUCCAUCUCUGCUUCGAAUCUUCCAGCAACUGAUGGCUGCACUGCAGCUCCUGCAGACAGUGA